AUGAGUUACGGCUACAGAGGCGGAUACGGCAGCUUCGGCGGCGGGCUCGGCGGCGGCUUGGGAGCCGGCGGUCACGGCACCGGCACCAGCUACAGCAGCUACACCUUCAACUCGCGCGCGAGCUACGGCAGCGGAAUCAGUGUCUACUCGCAGCCGAGCACGCGGCGGCCGAGCCUGGCCUUCCCCGGGAGCUACGGCACGACAUAUUACAACAAGUACGAGUUCGAGACGCACCCGCUCCUGCCUGUGGGCGAGGUGUCUCCCCCCAGCUCACCGACGGUGCCGGUCCCGGUCCCUGCGGAGAGCUCGAGCCGGGCGCCGGCCAGUCCCGGCCCCACUCCGAGCCGCCCCUAUACAAACUACACCGAUGCGUACGCGACGACGUCCAGCGCCCACAACCCAUACGCCAACACGUACUCGAACGAGUAUGGCGCGGACUACGAUCCGGGCGGCAGCGGCGGUUCUCCCCCGGAGCGCGUCGAUCGCGCCAGCCGCCCCGGGCGCGGUUUUUGGGCGUGGCCCAUGUGGCCGCGGAUUAUGCCGCUGUGGUUCCGCCGACGCCCUGUGGUCGUGGGGCAGCGGCGGCCGCGGUUCUGCGGAUUAUUCUGA